AUGAAGGUUCUCUCGAUUGUCCUUGCCCUGAUGGCCGCGACCACCGCCCAGGCUGCAGCGGGCCGCACCAUGCAGAAAUGGUGUGGCCACCCCGGGCAAGGCUGCUACAUGAUGAAGCGCACCGCCGACGUCUCCACUGAAGUCAAGCGCUCCGCCGAUGCCCUGGCUGAGGCCAUGGCGGAGGCCCACCCGGCCGCUCUCCAGAAGUGGUGCGCCCACCCUGGCCAGGGCUGCGCCAAGGUGAAGCGUACUGCCGAGGCCGUCGAAGAGGUCAAGCGCUCUGCUGAUGCCCUUGCCGAGACCCUGGCUGCCAUGGAUGAGGAGGAGUAA